AUGCCAGUAAACCUAUCCCUAAACAGCACAGUGAAAAAGCAGUAAGGUUGGGUUGCUCUUCGUGUCUCUGAAAGGCUUUAUUGCCUCUCAAAAGUCCACAGUCAAGAUUCAACUGGAACCUGGCUGGCGACACACACAAAGAAGAGCAGUUUACUUAAAAAAUAAGAAGCUGUAGUCUCUCUCAAGAUGUUUAAAAUACGGAAAGCAAAGGAUGAGGAGCCAACUGCUCCAGGGCAGGUGAAAAUUAAAAAGAGGUCAAAGGUCCCUGGAGUUAUGAUAACCCAGUAUGUUGAACAACUACCUGAAGGAAUGUCCACACCAGAUUUCACUCGAAAACCCAUCGCUGUAACUAUUCAAGAAGGAAAAAAUGUUAUCUUCAGAGCAGUAAUUACUGGAAAACCAGAACCAACUGUGACCUGGGUGAGAAAUAAUGGAGAAAUUGAUGAAGAAAGGUGCAAAAUAGUCUUCGAUAAAAGUUCUGGUGAAUACCAGCUACAGAUCCCUGACGUAACAGGGGAUGAAGCUGACACCUACAAGUGUUUUGCCAGAAAUGAAUAUGGAAAAGCGGUUGUAACUGCUGUGCUUAAUGUCAUUGAGGUUGGUUUUAAAAAAGGCAAAGCCAUGCAACAAUCAAGAACAGCUAUCCGAGAGGUUCCUGAGGACUUCAAAAAGGCCUUAAAAAAUAGGGUAGACCUUGAGCCAAAAGAAGAAAAGAAAAAAGAAAUUGAUGAAGACUUUUGGGAACGGUUGAUGAGUGCAGACAAGAAAGAUUACGAGUCCAUCUGUGCUGAGUAUGGUGUCACUGAUUUCCGUGGGAUGCUCAAGAAACUAAGUGAGAGGAAAAUAGAAAGGGAGCAAGAACAAGAAAGGGUUGUUGAAAGACUUUGCAACCUGAAGCCCAUUGAACUGAGGGAUGAUGGUGAUGCAGAGUUUGAACUGGAAAUGUCAUUGAAAGAUCCAAGCAGCAAAAUUUUCUUAUUUAAGGAUGGAGUUAUGAUUCCUUUUGAUGUUGACACGGAAGUAAAACAUGGACUGAAGCAAGUGGGAAAGAAGUUUGUGUUUAGCAUCAAUGGUGUUGACCCAGAGGAUGCAGGAUUAUACCAAGUGGAGGUUGACGGUGUAAAGAUCUUCUCGACUGACUUAAAGCUUCCCCCUAUAGAAUUCUUGGUCAAGAUUGAAGACGUGAAAGCAGAGGAAAGAGAGGACGCUGUGUUUGAGUGUGUCAUCUCACAACCCAUGAAAAAGAUAACUUGGAAGGGAAAGAAUACUGUACUGGAGCAAGGGGACAAAUUUGACAUCCUUGUGUCAGAGGACAUGCUGAUUCACUCACUGGUGGUGAAGGACUGUAUGCCAUUGGACAAAGGAAUUUAUGCAGCUGUGGCUGGAAUGGCGUCCUGCAGUGCCUGGCUUAUAGUGGAAGUUGACAAUGAUCCAAACACAAAAGGAAAGAAGAAAGCUCGCAAGACAACCAGAGCAGGUGGUGGUGGAGCGGAACUGUUGAGGAUUGCUCAGGAGCAAAAUGCUAAGGUACAGCAAGAGAGAGAAGAGUUGAUUGCAAAGGCAAAGGCAGAGGCAGAAAUAGCUGCAGCGGCCGCAGCAGCUGAAAAAGCAGAAGCUGAAGCUAAAGCAAAAGCUGAGGCAGAAGACAGAGCCAAAGCCAAAGCCGAAGCCAAAGCCGAAGCCAAAGCUAAAGCUAUAGCAAAGAUGAAGGAGAAGGAGAAGGUUAAAGCAAAGGCAAAGAAAGGGACAAAGACAAAGGCAGAAGGAGGAGAAGGUGCAGAUGCAGAUGGAACCGUGGAUGAGGAUGAAGAAGAUGAAGAGCAGGAAGAUGUAGAAGGGGAAGUGGUGUCUGAAACAGGUGAACCUACAUCAGCCAAAUCCAAGGAAAAGGGAGAAGCAAAGGAGGGAGAGGCUCCUGCACAAGAUGGUGAAACUGAAGAACAGGUGCCUGUUCAAGGGACAAAAAAGAGAGUGAGAGCAGGCCCACUAGUCCCUGAGACAGUCAUUGACCCGGGAGUAUACUUCACCAGUGGACUAUCAGAUGUAACCGCCAUUAUUGGUACUGAUGCAGAGCUGGUCUGCAGGCUGAGCAGUGAGGAAUGUGAUGGAGUCUGGUACAAAGAAGGGAAAGAGAUAACAGCUACAGAUGAUAUCUGUAUUGUUAAAGAUGGAACCUAUCGAAAACUGAUUAUCAAAAACUGCAAAGAAGAAGACACCGGAAAGUACCGAUGCGAAGCCGAUGGCCGUAAAACAGAAGCUGUACUAAAGGUUGCAGAUCCUCCAAGAAUUGAUGCUGACGACCUCGCAGAGUUUAUAAAACCUACUACAAUCAAAAGUGGGAAAGAUGCAGCCUUCAAGGUAUCCUUUGUUGGUCGGGAACCCAUGAAGAUCCAGUGGUACAAUGAGGGUGAAGAGCUGUUGGAGGACAGCAAUAUCAAGAUUGAGAGGUCCUCCACACACAGCCGCCUGGUGCUUACCAAGUGCAAACGCAAAAUCAGUGGAGAAAUUAAGAUUAAAAUUAAAAAUGAAUGCGGAACAACUGAGGCCAUCACAGAGCUUGUUGUAUUAGACAAACCAACACCACCCCUUGGCCCUGUGGAUAUUAUUGAAAGUUCUUCAGCAUGCAUUGAGUUCAAAUGGAGGCCUCCUAAAGACAAUGGAGGCUGCCCUGUCAAAGACUACAUCAUGGAGCGCCAACAAAUUGGCCGAAACAGCUGGAAGAAACUCGGCAAGAUUGGACCAGAGCCUAAAUACAGAGACAGUGAUGUGGAUCAUGGCAGAAAAUACUGCUACCACAUCAGGGCGGAAACUGAUCACGACAUCAGUGAAAUGAUGGAGACCGAUGACAUUCAGGCAGGGACAAAGGCAUACCCUGGACCUCCUUCGACACCAAAAAUUGUAAGUGCUUUCAAAGACUGCAUCAAUCUCGCUUGGUCUGCACCCAGUAAUACUGGAGGAACCAACAUUUUGGGAUACAAUGUGGAGAAACGCAAGAACGGAAGUAAUCUGUGGAGCUUUGUGCACCCUCCAGAUCAGCCCAUCAAAGAGAAGAAGUACGCAGUGAAAGAUGUUGUUGAAGGCAUUGAGUAUGAGUUCCGUGUAUCAGCUAUCAACAUUUCUGGAGCUGGAGAGCCAAGUACACCUUCUGAGUUUGUGAUUGCAAGAGAUCCAAAGAAGCCACCUGGUAAAGUUAUUGACCUGAAGGUUACAGACUCCACUUACAGCACCUUAUCACUGGGCUGGUCCAAACCCAUUGAGGAGGAGGGAGUUCAAGACGAGGCUAAAGGAUACUUUGUGGAGCUCAGACCAGCAGAAAACCCAGAAUGGGGACGCUGUAACUCCAGUGCUAUCAUCAUGAAUUCCUACACUAUUAUGGGUCUGAAGUCUAUGGCCAUGUACUGGGUAAGAGUUGUAGCCACCAAUGAGGGUGGAGACGGUGAACCUCAAGAGUUGGACAACUACAUCAUUGCAAUGCCUCCUCCAGUGAGACCUCAAUUCACUGACAAAAAAAUAAAGAACUUCAUGGUCAUGAAAGCUGGUAACUCUACUCGAAUCAAUUUCAACUUCCAGGCCUCCCCAAUACCAUCUAUUAAAUGGCUCAAAGACGGUCAUGCUGUACCUAAGCAUGUGACAGUGAGCAACUCAGACACAUCAUCGCAGCUAAUGAUCCCCUCAUCAGAGCGCCAUGACACUGGGAUCUACACAAUUAUUGUCAAGAACAUUGUUGGUCAGGAGACCUCUAGUGUUGAAAUAAGAAUCACAGAUGACCCCAAGCCUCCAGGCCCUGUGGAGUUGGAUGAGAACGUGUCAGGAACAGUGACGGUCUCCUGGACUCCAUCUCCAGAUGAGAAGAAAGAUGACAGGCUGCACUACACGAUCACCAAGCGUGAUUCUGUUAAGCGUAGUUGGCAAACUGUGGCAGACCGCGUCUUCAAUAACAAGUUCACUGCCAUCAACAUAAUGCCUGGAAGGCAGUAUCAGUUCCGGGUCUAUGCCAAAAAUGACAUGGGUCUUUCCAAAGCCUCUGAGUCACCAACCUGGGAAGUGAGGAGAAAAAAAGAAACAUUUUCUCUGAACUUUCCUGCCUCCAAGGACUGCAGCUUUGAGACGCCUCCCACAUUUUCUGUUCCACUGAAAACACACAACAGUCCAGAGAGUUAUGAGUGCUACAUGAGUUGUGCAGUGACAGGAAACCCCAGACCCCAUGUUACCUGGUACAGAAAUAACAUCAGCCUCAACACCAACACUAACUACUACAUCACUAAUACAUGUGGGGUCUGCUCCAUGGUGAUACUCAAAGUUGGGCCCAAGGACAGCGGGGAUUACACAGUCAUUGCAGAGAACUCUCUGGGUAGAGUGGAGUGUUCGACUAAGCUUGUUGUCAAAGAUUAGGAUGAUGCUGUAGGCCUGAGCUCCUGAUGAUGAAUAAAAUGUAAAGGAUUUGCCAAUUUGAAAUUUUGCCAUUUGAAAUGUAUGUAUUAAUGUGUAAAUUGUGAAGAAGAAAAUAAAGGAUGAGAGAGAUUAAGUAAAGAUGGGCUCUUGAUAACUAUCCAUAAAUGUUUUAAAAUCCCAAAUAACAAAUGUGACUGCUUCAGACCAUGUUCUGUUGUAUUCGAGCACAAAUUUAACUCAAUUUAUCUACUGGAUGCAAAGGACAUCUGAGAGUCAACAUUAAUUAUAUGCUAAUCUUGAAACCCAAGCAUGUUUAUUUAUUGAGCUAUUUUUCCGUGAGCUGUGAUUAGAGUUAGUUUCUUCUAGCUGUUUUUAUGGAAAAUUGAUAUGACAAUACGGCUAUAACAGAGCAUGUUUUAGUGUUUGAAUUAUUAAUCAUUAUGCCAAAAUGUCAAUAAAUCCCACC